CUACCUCAGCACACUGCAACGGGCGGUUGUGAAGCUGGGGACUGAAGCAAGACAGUACACGGGCGGGUGUGGAAGCUGAGCGUCAACCCAGGCUGAUCUCGAGGUGACAGAAAGUUUCUCAACCAGGAUGCGAGUAGCUGCUUUCGUGUUGUGUUUGCUGUUGUGGUGUGCAACCCUAUCGGUGGUGUCAGCGGAUGGGGAAGAAUGGGUAACGAUGGCGCAGAAGACGCUGAUGGAGUCCCUCCAAAUGAAGCCGAACACCAACGUUGCCAAGAACGUCAUCUUCUUCCUGGGUGAUGGGAUGGGCGUGUCCACUGUGACGGCAGGGAGGAUAUACACGGGCCAGACAGAAGGGAACACUGGGGAGGAGACGGUUCUGUCUUUUGAGAAGUUCUCCAAUGUGGCCCUGUCUAAGACAUAUAACGUAGAUCGUCAAACAGCUGACUCGGCAGGAACAGCCACGGCCUUCUUGUGUGGGGUCAAGGCCAACUUGGGAACUCUCGGGGUCAGCGAGAGUGUGGCGAGAGAAGACUGUGAUGCACAGGAUGCUGGGAAGGUCGAAUCUAUCCUCAAGUGGUCUCUUGAUGAAGGAAAGGCAGCCGGCAUCGUGACCACUGCCCGUGUGACACACGCCACCCCGGCAGCCGGAUACGCCCACUCGGCAGAGAGAGACUGGGAGGGGGACGCAGACACCACCAAGAGUAACGUCACAGGGAAGUGCAAGGACAUUGCCCAACAGCUUGUGGAUAACCUUGACCUUCAGGUGGUGAUGGGAGGGGGGCGCCGCUACUUUCUGCUCAACAACCAGACAGACCCGGAAACUGGAGAGAUCGACCCCAAACAUAGGGCUGAUGGACGUGACCUGAUUAAUGAUUGGAAAAACGGCAAGGGAGAUAAGAAUGCGAUGUACGUGUGGAACAAGGCCCAGUUCGACUCUGUAAACCCUGCGAAAACAGAUUACCUGCUAGGUCUGUUCGAAUCCUCCCACAUGCAGUACGAUAUAGAGCGCAAUUCUUCUGGUGACGGGGAACCGUCUCUGGCCGAGAUGACGAAGAAAGCCAUUGAGAUCCUGAAAAAGAACGACAAAGGAUUUUUUCUCCUUGUAGAAUCUGGCCGUAUUGACCAUGGUCAUCAUGACACCUACGCCAAACGCGCUCUGCACGAGGUGAAGGCCCUGCACGAGGCCGUCAAGGCCACCAUGGACGUCAUCAAUGACUCCGACACUCUCGUCGUCGUCACUGCCGACCACUCCCACGUCUUCACCAUCGGCGGCUACCCGUCCAGAGGCAACAAUAUCCUUGACAAGGUGGACCGGGUGCCGAACUACAGAGAGACGAUUGACAAGAAUCCCUACACAACUCUGUCAUACGGGAACGGCCCACAGGUCCGCAGAAACCUCACUGAGGUGGACACAACCGAUGUGGAUUUCCGGUUUACCAGUGCAGUUCCAUUGAGUUAUGAAACCCACGGCGGUGAAGACGUUGCAAUAUUCGCCCACGGUCCCAUGGCGCACCUGUUCCAUGGGGUGCACGAGCAGAACUAUAUUCCGCACGUCAUGGCGUACGCGUCGUGCGUAGGGAUCAACAAGAAGCAUUGCGAUGUGGUCGAAACUGCAAACGGAAGUGGACAGAAUAUUGUGUAUUACUACGCUGUUGUUCCCUGUCUGUCAUUAGCUGUGUUGUUGUCAGGGCUGAGACACUGAUGCUGAUGUGGUGUCCAUGUGCGUCAACGUAUUAAUGUUAGUGUCUUUUGGGGGAAUUUUGUUUCUCACAUGCAAAAGAAGCGUAAACAUAAUAACAAGCUUAAUAACCGUCCGUCGGAAUCGCCUACCUUAUUUUCAAUGUGGGUGUGAGAUUAUUAAUAAGGGACUAAUUACAGCUUGCGUUCGAUUUCAAAUCCCUGGUGGACCUAGGUGAAUCCAAGUUAACCUUGGUUGAUCAAUGUUAGCUCAUGUUAACUGAUUUACGUCAUACUUCGGUUGACCUUAGUUGCCCAAACCUCCGUAACCUCUGGGGUGCGGUACUCUGCGGUCUCCAAGUGACGUCAUUGUUUUAGCUAAUUAGUUGAUUCAAUCAUGAAUAAACUUAACCAGUAUUGGUACCAUAUGUACAGUAAACUACACUUAUAAUGAACUAACGGAUAUGACGAACUUAUUUUUUGUCUCAACCAUUUGCUGUACAUAUGCUGUAUAUGCUUAUAACAAACUACGGUUAUAAAGAACUAAAAUUAGUGGACCCUUUGAGUUCGUAAUGACCGUUGUUUACUGUAUUUUGAUAUGCGUCAGGGAAAAUUAUUUUCGAUUAUUGAUAUAAAUACUUUAGAAUCAGUAAUGCAACUAGGUUGCACCUCGUUUCAUGUUCUAGGCGUUUUGAAUUCUCUUGUAUUUAAAGCAUUAAAUAGAAAAGGUACAAUGGCAGCUUUGUCAAGCAAUGAAACAGUUGCAAACCUCUCAUAACUGUGUGUUAUAGCAAUGACUGUUAUGAUUCUUCUUCUGGCGGCCAUUAUUUUCACCAAGUUGCAUUUUAUGCGUUUUAUUUUGUGUUCUUUGUGUACUGCCUUGUGUUCCCCUUGAUUAACGCUGGUUUACUAAGGUUGAAUCCUGGUUGCCGGAAAAGUAGAACAUCAAUGGACGUAUUAUUUUAAGUUCAAUAUUUCCGAAUCAAUUCAUGGAAGUAAAUAGUCAAGUUGAUACACACAACCUUGUCAUCUCGAUAUCAUCCCGGUAUCACACGUGGCCAUUCUUUCCGGAUGAAGCCGAAUGCUUUCUUGCAGUUUCCGGAGAGACGCGAUGGGUAACGAGUCAACAUGAACACAUGUCGAAUGCACCGAUCUUCGAAGUGUAAAUAAUUCUGCAACAGAUAACGUGCAAAAUAUCGGGGAAUUGUUCCAAUGAUGAUACAGGCAUGAACUUUACACAAAAUCCUCUUAUUUGGUAUGUAUAUUGUGAAAGAACGUUAGCCACGCGAAAAUCUAAGAUGGCUGCCAAAUUUCAAGUUGGCCGCUAUUGUUAUAAUCAUUAUCUAUUUAUGGCGUAGAAAUUCAUAGAACAUUCCGAACAUAGUCUUGUUUUCAAUGUUCAAUAAAGUACUGCUUUUACUACUUUGAAA